AUGCGUCUUCUGUUUGACCAUUACAAGCAUAAACUUGGAAUUCAUGGCAGUUCUCCCAUUGUGAUUCAGGAAGAUGAGCAAGAACCUGGUGGAAGUGGGGAUGGGAAGAAGAAAGGGAAGAUUUGGGAUUGGAUAAGAUCUUCAGACUCCGAGUUGGUGGCUGAUGGAGAAGAUGAGGGUGAUGAAGUGGUAUUUCAAAAUGUAUAUGCAGCUUUUCAAGAUCGGAGUUCAAGUGCACCUGCAGGACCUAGUGGAAGCUCUCCUGCUACCCAUAUUUUGGUCUCGAGUCCUACUAUGUCACAAGUGGAAGACGACUAUGUCGACGACAAUUCUGAUGAAAAUGAUGAGACUUAUGUGGAUGUAGAGCCUGAUGAGGAGUGA